AUGAUCACUCUCUUAGGUGCCCACAACAUUGGUGUAAUCGACUGCAAAUUCUUCAAGAACCGUCUCUAUAACUUCAUCGGAACCAAUGAACCUGACCCUUCUUUGGAUACUGAAUUUCUAAAUAACAACAGGAAAUCACUAUGGACUCGGAGAAAUCUGUAUCGAAUUUCGGGAUGUUAUACUACCGCAGUCUGUUGCAAGGGUAAAGGAAUCCUCUAUGCUGAUCAGCAGCUAAUGGAAGGGGAUAAAACCAAGUAUUGGGUUCACAAAUAUGCAUCUAAUCCUAAUUUGUUCCAUCAAGAUUUUGCCAUGGCAAUGAUGAAACUCUCGGAUCUCCAAGUUUUGACAAUGCCUUUGGGACAGAUUCGACGCACUUGUUCAAAAGUUGCAUGA